UUGAAACAAACGAUUGCAGUGGCUUAUGGUGAUGGCUUUCCUCCUCGAUCUCUGCAGAAAGAAACAUGUCCUCCUGAAACUGUCGAAACUCCUCCAGAACCAUCAUGAAGUAAAUUGCCUCAGGAGAGACUCUAGAAUGAGGUACCGAGCCAGAUACCAGGCAUAAGACUGACUUCUACAAGAGAAAAAAACUCACAGGAAAAAGUAACCUAAGGGGUGAUGUCCUGUUUCUGACUAAACUCAGUGGAUCAGUCUGGCAUUUCCGGUAAUGCCAGGAAACACCCAACAUCCUACGUCUUCGAGACAAGCAGGCAGUGUGUUUUGUCUCAUGAUAAGGGGAUCGCAGCCUGCCUGCUGGAAAGCAUCAGUGAGCAAUACACUAUUAAACAGGAGAGUAUCCUAUCAAUUAAGUCCAGAGUCUACAAAGCAGCUUAUGAUUUUGUUUUAAAUGGAAACAGAUUUGCUUCCAAUACUUCAAUUUCCUAGCGCUCAAAUCUCCGGCCUUUGUUAAAUGAACUUUUAUUUGCUUUCACUAUAGGCUUAUUGAAGCGCUGUGCAGGAAGAACCCUGCUCCUAUUGUAUAGGAGUUACUAUAGAGAACUCUCUGGGUGUCUGGCUGGCAUGGACAAGCCCCCAGAAGAGUCUGAGAGAAGCAGAGAGCGGGAAGUUCCAGGAGUGCUGUUAGAGACUGAAGAGACCCCAAAGGCCUUUGGGGGAUGUUCCUUUGGGGACAGGCCCAGAAAACAGCAAGGUGAAUCCUAUCAGCUGAGUAGCCUGGGAAAGGAGAAGUCGCCGACUCAGCAGUCCUGUGUAUCGGAGAGUCCCUAGUCCUUCAGCGCCAUCUGCUGUCUGCAAAGGCACUGGCAGCCACUGAGCUAUCUAAGGCAUGGAUCUGAGAGAGUGUACUAGGAGAAUGGGGCUACCAAGGAACUUGCAGUACCCAGCACGAUCUCUGAACAUAAGAACGGCCAGACUGGGUCAGACCAAAGGUCCAUCUAGCCCAGUAACCUGUCUGCCGACAGUGGCCAAUGACUGAUGCCCCAGAAGGAGUGAACAGAACAGGCGCCCAAUGGACAGAUUGUCGAGAGGAAGGCAAACCCGUCUGGCAGCCUCCUGACUUCGCUGGGAAAACAACAGCCCUAUUCACUGUGACACGGUAGCUGCUGGCAUUGUCUAGCCCAGGCGGGUGGUGUGAAACCCUCGCUAUUUAAUGGGAGGCCCGGGCGCUGCGCCUGUAUCAGAGAGCAGCCGCUGGCCCCAUGGAGCAGUGACUGUGAAUUAGCUGCACGCUCUCACCCCUGAGCGCCGCUGUCAUGAGUCUUGGAUCAAUUGCCCAGGCCCCCAUCGACCUACAGGGCCCCAGGGAGUCUGGCCAAAGCCCGGGGGCCAAAACAGAGCCGAGAGGAGAAGCGGGAAGGAUACAGACCUCGGCAGGACGUGGUUCUUCCAACACGUCCCUGGAAAACCUCUGCCCCCUCCGGAGAUGUCUCCUCUUGCUGGGGGCCAUCGGGCUGCUGGCAGGGGUGGCUGUCGGACUGUGGCUCCUAGUGAAAUUCCAGAUGGCGCCCCCCUCGAACCAGGACUCCAGCCCGCUGCAGGACACGGAGUUGAUCUCGAUCUGCAGAGAGGCCGAGGAAGAUGAGCCCACAGCUCCCAGGAGAGUAUCUUUCAGAAUAAACACGGGAAACUUCUUGUUGGAAGUGCAGGUGGAAGGCAGGCCCGGCUGGCUCCUGGUGUGUCACGAGCGGUGGAAUCUCUCCCUGGGGACCCUGAUCUGCAGGCAGUUGGGCUAUCUCCAACUCGCCCAUCACAAAGGAGUGAACCUGACAGAUGUCAAGGUGAACGAUACCCAAGAGUUUGUUCAGAUUGUGCCCGACCAGAAGAGCAGCAUUGAAGCCAUGUGGCAGGUCAGGGGCAGCUGUGCUUCAGGGCGAAUCGUGGCUCUGAAAUGCUCCGAGUGUGGCGUGCGCUCCAGGGCAGCCCGGAUCGUUGUCUGGCCAUGGCAGGUCAGCCUGUACCUCAACUCCAGACAUGUCUGUGGCGGCUCCGUAGUGGCGCGCAACUGGAUCGUCACGGCCGCUCACUGCGUGCACAGUUACAGGCUGCCCCACGUCUCCAGCUGGCUGGUCUUUGCCGGGAUUAUCACCCACGUGUCCGUCAAACAGCAGGCCGGGGCAGCGGUGGAGAAAAUUAUCUACCACCCCCGCUACGACGACCGGAGUCACGACUAUGACAUCGCGCUGAUGAAACUCACAGCACCCUUGAACUUCUCCGACGCCAUCCGUGCGGUGUGUUUACCGCUCUCCCGCCAGGAUUUCCCCCACGGCACCCGCUGCUGGAUCUCCGGCUGGGGCUACACCAGCCCUGAACAUGCUCAGGUGGCUGAGAUCCUGCAGGAAGCUGUGGUUCCCUUAAUCAGCACCAAGAAAUGCAACAGCUCCUGCCUGUACUCUGGUGAGCUCACCCCCAGGAUGCUGUGUGCCGGCUACCUGGAUGGGCAAGCAGAUGCCUGCCAGGGAGACAGUGGGGGGCCACUGGUUUGCCAGGAUGAACUCACCUGGCGCUUAGUGGGCAUCGUCAGCUGGGGCACAGGGUGUGCUGAGCCCAACUCCCCAGGAGUUUACACCAAGGUGGCCGAAUUCCUGGACUGGAUUUAUCACAUCGUCGAGAGCCACUAGGAACAUAGCAAGGGGGUUGACUUAAGGAGCAGAACCACAUGCCAAGCAAAGAAGAGUCACUAUGGCGCUUUGUCCCAGUUCCUGUGUAGUGAACGUGAAUCAGCAUCAACUGACUGAGGGAGCUGACAGGCCGGCCUGUUACCAAGUGUAGGGUCUAGUCUCUGCUCUAGGGCAUGGGGCAGCUCCCCUGCUUUGUGCUUGUUGUAGCUAUUCCAUGUUAAUUCAUUAGCGUUUGGGCAAUGGCUGCCACACCCUUUCUGCUCUAGUGCAGGGGCUUGGUGCCAUGUUUGGGCUGUGUCUUUGGGGUGGGGGGGUGCAUUCAAAUACCUUUCCUGUGUUAAGCAGGGCUUUCAAGGGGGUGUCAAACACAGUCCUGCUGCACAGUCUUGCCUCAUGUGCCUUGAGCAAUGUGGGGCUUGCUUCACCUUGCCUGUGGAAACUGUUCCACUUGCAUUCAAUGCUACUCACACCAGCACCGUUUUUUUAGACUUCCUUGGGAGCCUGGUGGCUUGGCUCUGGGCUAGUACUGAGACAGGUGUGGGUUUGAUUUUACCCAGCUACCUCAUCUCUAAAAGUCAUUGGCUUGCCCAAUGAAGCUCUUCCACUUUAAGUGUGCUGUGAGCCAGGCUUCUCGUUAACCUCACUCUCUAGUCCAGUGGUUAGGAUACUAGCCCAGGCUGUAGGAAACCCUGGUUCCAACCUCUCAGCUGUUUGGCAGUGGUUUGUGCUGCGCUCCCUUACCUCCUAUGCAACCAUCCUUUGCAGUGCGCCAUCCUUGUCCCCACCCCCUCUCUUUCUCAAGAGGCUGCUGACUUCUGUCACGCCACCAAGCCAGCUAUUGGAAGAAAAUUACCACAGACCGCUCCUACUGAAGUGGCCUGGACAAUGAGUCUUUCAAACACAUGCACAAUGUUUCUCGCAAGUCUCAUGCUUACUGGCAUGUGGUCCUACAACAACCAGAGGUUCAUUUUGCAACAACUUACCAAGAGUCAUGGUGGAUUCUUCAACACAGACAGUGUCUAAAUCCAGACUGGGUGUUUUCCUAAGGGACCUGCUCGAGGAAUUGUUGGGGGGCACUUCACUGGCCUGGACCAUCCAUGAGGUCAGGCUGGGUGAGCACAGUAACAGUGGUGCCUUCUGGCCCUGGAAUCUGUUGAUGCUUUUUGGCUGCUGCACCAGCAACGUUCUCCAGUCUGUUCACCUUCAUUCGCUGCUGCACUUCCUCCCCUGGUUGCCAGGGAGGGCUGUUUUGAAAACCCAAAAGACACACCAAGGUAAAAAUGCCACCCUGGUUAUUCUAUCCAGUGUGCAGCUUUACAGCCCUUCAGAGGCAGGACAUGGCAACCGGGAGUCAGGGAUAUCAUCUUUGAAUUCUAGUGCCAGGAGGAGGUUUGGUAGGUCUGUAUAAAUCUGACAGUCAAUCCAAUAGCAGCAUUUGCCAACAAUAACUGGGCAGGUACCCAGAUUCACCUACUACUGGACAGACCCAACAAAGAAAACAACAUAAUGCCACUAGCCCCCAUCGAAAAACCUCUCCUACACAUCGUCAAGGAUCUACAGUCUAUUCUAUUGCUCUCAUAGGCCUUGGGAGGCAGGCCAGUCCUCACUUACAGAUAGCCCUCCAGCCCGAAACACAUACCCCAACCACACAUCCCACAACAGAAACACUAACCCAGGAACCAAACCCUGCGGCAAACCCCGUUGUCAACUCUGUCCGCACAUCUACCCUAGUGACACCAUCAUAGGACCUAACCACGUCAGCCCUUCCAUCAAAGGCUAGUUCACCUGCACACCAACUAACGCAGGGGUCAGCAACCUAUGGCUCAUAAGCCAAAUAUGGCUCACCAGGGAGCCAGAUAUGGCUAUUCUGGAGCUCCAGCUUAGCUCCCACAGCUCCCUCUGCAGCAGGGAGUCAGUGCUGAUGCUACAGCUUUGACUCCCUGCAAGAUUGGCACGCCAGCGCCAGCUUCCUGGUGGGAAGCGAGGAGGGAGAAAGCUCCGAGCCUUCUCACCAGAUCUGGCAUGCAGGGAACAACAUUCCUUCCCCCAGCU